AUGCGGACCAUUCUGGCGCCCCUCCUCCUUGCGCCGCUGGCUCUCGCCGUGCCCGACACCCUCGCUGCUUUCGAGCCCGCGCUUGAGCAGCUUGAACAGCUCCCAACAUCCAACAACGACACCACACCCGUCGACAGCAUCGCCGAGCUCCUCAAGCGCCAGAACAACAACAACAACUGCGCAACCAACUACUACGCCUGCACUAACCUCAACGCCGCCGGCCUCUGCUGCCCGCGCACCGCCGUCUGCUCCGCCGACCGCAACAACGUCAUCGCCUGCUGUCCUCAGGGCGCAGCCUGCACCGGAACACUAGGCGCAUCCGUUACAGGCGCCGUGACAGCCAGCACCACCGUCCCCUUCGCCACGGCCUCCACAACCUCAGGCCCCUUCGUGCAAGCCACAACCGCCAACGCCGGCUCCGGCACAUCAACGGUAUCCAACGCCUUCUACCCCUUCCCCUACAUCGCCACCACUUACACCAACGCAGCUGCCUGCUCCAGCGCUUAUACGCGCUGCCAAAGCGAUGCUGCGAGCUGUACGAAUGCGCUGAUGGGCGGCGCGCAGGGCGUUACGGUCAGUGCGCCGAAUGGUGGCGCGACGAUUACUGCGGUGCCGAGUUUGGGGGCGGCGAGCGCGAGUCAGGUGUGUAGUAGUUUGAGCAGCCAGGCGUGCUAUGGGUUGCAGGUCGAGGCUUGUCAGGCUUUCGAUGGGAGUGGGAAUGCGGCGGCUACGAAGGGUUGUGGGGGCAUAGUGGUGGGCAUGGGGGUUGCGCUGGGGGUCGUGGGGCAGCUGUUAUGA